AUGGCGGCACAGUCCAGCUCCUCCAGCGGGGGAUACGACCAAGGGGGAUACGACCAAGAGCAAGACCACGAUAGCGCGUACAUGGCCGACGACCUGCCGUCCUCGUCCAUAUCCAGCGGCGGAAGACGACCAGCCCACCUCCGCCCGGCACGGCGGACGCGUGCAGCUGCACACGACCCGAAUGCUCCCCUGCGAGACGAUUACGGUAUCGGCCGGAGCGCGGGGAAGGUGAAGGGCACGGGAGCGGACCCCGGCCGGCGCGGCCGGACGGUGAAGAAUGCCGUGGGCGGGGGCAUGGUCGCGAGCAUGAAGCGCGGGAUGAAGGCGGCCAUCGCCCUCGUCCUCCUAGCCCUCCUCAACUACGCCUGGUUCGCCCGGACACACAAGCAUGUCCAGGCCGUCGGGGGAUGGAAGGCCGUCCUCGCCCGCCCGUUCACCUCCACCUUCUCCAGCGACACUGACACUGGGACCACGACAGGCGGCCACAAGCUGAUCGACAUUGAGAUUCCACCCCAGGUCCGCCGGCCGGACCACCACCACCCCGGCGUGCAGCAUGAUGAGAUGUAG